AUGGAUAUAAAAAUUCAAAAUGAAUUAGAUUUAUUGUAUGAAAUGUUUCCUGAUGAAUUUAAAGUUAUUAAUGAGUUAGAUCAAUGUACAAUUGUUUUUAUCAUUACUCCUGGAAUAGGAUUUAAUAAACCAGUGAAUAAGUUUAUACAGUUCAACUUGAAAAUGGUAUUAACUUCUAAGUAUCCAACAGAAUCGCCAGUAAUUACUAUAGAAUGUGUUCAUGGUUUAAAAGAGAAAGAUAUUUUAAAAUUAUCAUCACUCUUAAAAGAACUAAUUUUGGAAAGAAAAGGUGAUCCAAUUCUUUUUGACCUUGUAGACUUUUGUCGUGAUUAUAUUGCUAAUAACAUUCCAACUGUUGAAUGUGCAAUCUGUUUAAAUAAUUUUCAUAAUGAAUCAAAUGUCUACUGUACAACCAACUUUCAUUAUUUUCAUACUUAUUGUAUUGGAGAAUAUAUGAAUCUAAAACAAACAGAUUAUGAAAAAGAACUUAUGGAAAUGAAAAUAAAAUGUCCAUAUCAUGAAUUUCCUCCACUUGAAAUACCAUGUCCUUUAUGUCGUACCGAAUCUUUGCCGUUCAAUGAAGACCUUGUAAAAUUGUCAUAUUCGCGAAAGAAUUGUGAUACUUCAGUGUAG